GAGGAGGACGAAGGCGGUCGCGGAGCCAUGGCGGCUUCGGCGGCUUCGGCGGCAGGACAGGCCGGGCCGGGGCUCGCAACGACGGACCCGGACAACCACCACCACCACCACCACCACGACGACAACGACGACGACGACGAGGAGGAGGAGGAGCAGUUGGUCAUGGUGGAACUGUCGGGAAUUAUUGAUUCAGAUUUUCUAACAAAAUGUGAAAAAAAUUGCAAGAUUUUGGGAAUAGACACAGAAAGACCUAUUUUACAAGUGGACAGAUAUGUCUUUGCUGGAGAAUAUGAAGACACUCUUGGUACCUGUGUUAUGUUUGAAGAAAAUGCAGAACAAGUUGAUUCAGAAGGCAACCGUAAAACGCAGCUGAAGUAUAAAUGUCAUACGAUGAAGAAGCUAAGCAUGACGAGAACACUUCUGACUGAUAAGAAGGAAGGAGAGGAAAGCAUAGGAGGUGUGGAAUGGUUACGGAUCAAGGACAGCGACUUCUCCUAUAGACCCAAAAUGAUCUGUAAUUUUGUUCAGCAAAAGGAAGAUGAUGAAAUAGCAGUUCAAGCCCAAGACAAACCACUGGAACUGGGGGAGGAGGAGAAUGUCACAAACAAGAACUCGGGCUUGAAUUAUGAACUGGGGAAACACGAUUCUGGCUCUCUGCUUGAGAGUCCUUCCUCUGAGACUUCAGUAGGAACCCAAGAUCCUAAAAUCAUUCCUAUGUGACGACCCACCGAUGGAAUUCAAACGUGAUCAGUAAUGAACUUUGUGAACGCCCCCCGUAGGAUCUGUGUGUGUAGCUUUCAGUUGAUCAUGUCAAGUGGCUUUGUUAGCUAUGUACAGAUCUGAGUAGUGGGGAGACACAUAGCAAGAGAUCCUCGAUAGAUCAGUCAAUGGUAUUGAGCAUUUACUCGGUGCAGAACAUGUAUUAAGUAUACCUUAUGUCUUCAGAUGUUAUUUGAUGUCAUAAAAUAUUGUAUCUUGCAUUUGUGUAUUUAUAAGUAAAUACAGCCCUAUUGUAAUCACUUCACACAUUGUAUUUAACUUGAGAAACUUGAGAAAAUGUGUUUGUGACCUCACACAGAUAAAAAUUGCCUGCUUUCUAGUGGUGGAUAUUGUACGAUAUCUGGCCAACUUCUUUUUCUUGUGCCAUUUUUUUCCCCAGUAAUUACAAAAGAAGAUGAUGAAAAGCAUAGCUUUUUACUACCUCCUUUUGCGUUCCCCUAAGUACCACCUCACAUUCUGUGGUCGUAGGUUGAUUAAUUUUAGAAAUCCACUUGCUUGGUUACGUAGUACAUAUAUAUAAAAAACCAAAACCCUCAAUUAUCAUUCUUCUUUCCAAAGAGUUUUUAAAUGAGCAAUAAAAAGGUGUAUCACUGGCUAAAAACUUUAAAAACUGAAAUAGUUGUUAGGGACUAUGCUUUAGGGAAAGGAGGGCUUUAUAGAACAGUGAUUCUUGACCUUUUUCAGACUUAAUAUCUUUGGUGACAAGUGAUUUUACAGUCCUAGCAAUUCAUUAAGUGGGAGGGAAUUUACGUUCUUUUCUAAAACUCAUCUAUAUUGCUGAAAUUGUUUUACUUUAAUAGACACCAAUAAAAGGUACCAGGUAAGAGUGUAGGUGACUAAGCCUACUAAGCCAUCACCACUACAA